AGUUGGGGGCGUGCUGCUGCGAAGGCUGUCCUACCUGUCCCGCGCGGUUUCGCGGUCCCAGCCCACGACCCCUGUGGGCGGCUCAGCGGCCACGUGCUGGGUGGCGGUCCCCUCACCGGCUGCCCUCGCCAAAACAUGGGAUUCCACCCCACUCCACCCCCAGUUACUCGGGCCAGCCCGGACCCUCCACCAGCAGAUGUUUGUUGAGUGCCUACUGUGUGCCAGCCAUGUUCCAGGUGCUGGGAAUCCAGCAGUGACAAGACAUACAAAAACCCUGUCCGAAGAAAGUUUACACGUGGAAGGGGAAGACAGCUCAUGUAUAUCUUUGAAGAAGCAAGCUGCCAUGAGUCCUACAGCCAAAGGAAGCGAAUUCAGGCAACAACUGAUUGAGCUUGGAAGCAAACUCUUCUCUAGUCGAGUCUGCUGGUGGAUGAGAACCCAGCCCUGGCUGACACCUUGAUUGCAGCCUUACAGAAGACCCAGCCAUGUCACUGCCACGUGUUCUUCAGGAGACUGAGCAAAUCAUUCUUCACCACAAGAAAUGUAAUCAGAAGAUACAGACACAGUUAGGAGUCCAUCACCAAGUAGUUGGUAGAGAGAUGAUCUGUGGCUAUCACGAAAAGAUUAAAAGUCCCUGCAAGAUUCUCAAGUCAAUAUAAAUUAUGAAGCUCUCCAAUGCAGGAAGCCCAGGGAAACAAGGUUACAAAGGAGACAACACCAAACCAGCUUGUGGCAAACCCUGGUGGCCGAAGAAUUUGGACGUGACCCGCCAUUGGCCCUGGGAGGUGAGCCUCCGAGUAGAAAAUGAGCACGUGUGUGGAGGGGCCCUCAUUGAUCUCGACUGGGUGGUGACUGCUGCCCACUGCAUCCAAGGCAUAAAAGAGUAUUCAGUGAUUCUCGGCACCUCCAAGCUGAAGCCCACGGACUCCACAAGGGCCCUCUCGAUCCCUGUGAGGGACGUCAUUAUGCACCCCAAGUACUGGGGCCGGAACUUCAUCACGGGUGAUGUUGCCCUCCUCCAGCUUCACACUCCUGUCGUCGUCAGCAAGUACGUGCAGCCCAUCUGCCUCCCGGAGCCCAACUACAACCUGAAGGUUGGGACGCAGUGCUGGGUGACCGGCUGGGGCCAGGUUAAACAGCGCUUCUCAGCCAACUCCACGCUGACCCCAGAGUUGCGGGAGGCCGAGGUGUUUAUUAUGGACAACAAGAUGUGUGACCGGAUUUACCGCAAGAAGUCCCUCAUCCCCCGCGUUGUCCCGCUUGUCCUGGGGGACAUGAUCUGUGCCACCAAUUAUGGAGAAAACUUGUGCUAUGGGGACUCUGGGGGUCCGUUGGCUUGUGAAGUCGAGGGCAGAUGGAUUCUUGCUGGGGUGUUGUCCUGGGAAAAGGCCUGCGCCCAAGUACGUAAUCCAGGCGUGUACACCCAUAUCACCAAAUACAGCAAAUGGAUCAAGAAGCAAAUAAGCAAUGGGGUUCUCUCAGUCCCCUGCACCUCCUCCUGGCUCCUACUCCUGUCCUGGCUGCUGCAGCCCUAGAUGGGCCCCUGAUCUCCCUUCUCCUUUCUUCUCCGUGCUUUGCCUUUGCCGAAUGGGGCCAGAUCAAGGUUAGACCAAGGUCAUGGGUCUGUAUUCAACAAGGGUCAAGGUGGGGAAAGAGUGGCCCCUGGGAGACUGGGUCCUGUUUUGGCCUCCUAGUGGGAAGGGAUGUGGUAGAUGACUAGGCCUUGAGUGACCAGGAGAAGGGAAGUGUGGCCUAGAAGGGCUUUGGAAUUGGGGACCAGGAUAGCAGGGAUUAAAUCUGUGCAAACAUGAGCUGGCUCUGUUCUCUUUUCUGGGUGGCCCUGGGAGUUGGGGGUUGGUGCGUGGGUAAGGCCUCCUGGAACUAAUUCUGCCAGGAGGCUCCCCAGAGUGGGGACUGAUGGGUUUUGCUAUAUCACUUGUGCUGGGGCGUUGGGAAAGGGCCUGGGCCUGAGGCAUCAGUUUCCUCAACUGUAAAGUGGGCGUGCUGUAAGAGAGCAGUUGCGACAUGCACUGUAGUUGACAGUAGGAAGGACCCACAUAUCGUGCUCCAAAAUCAGCUUUCUUU